AUGUUCAAUCCCAACUUCUACGACGAGGAAGACCCGAUGGCGAUGUAUCAGCAGGCCAUGCUUCGACGCGGCGGAGCAGCGCGUAAAUUCGACGAGUACUUCAGAUGCUACCCAGUUGCGAUGCUUCCAGGCCCGGAACGAGAAGAGGCAAACCACGGCGGCAAAGUGUUUCUACCACCCAGUGCUUUGGACAAGCUCACAAGACUCCACAUCACAUACCCCAUGCUCUUCGAGCUUAUAAAUGGAUCGAAGGAAACGAAAACACACGCUGGUGUGCUGGAGUUCAUUGCUGAGGAGGGCAAGAUCUAUUUGCCGUACUGGCUGAUGCAGACACUCGGUGUUGAACCGGGUGACCUGCUGCAAGUCAAAUCCACCGAUCUUCCCCUCGGAACCUUCAUCAAGCUGCAGCCUCAAGAUUCUUCAUUCCUUGAGAUCUCAGACCCAAAAGCAGUCCUAGAGAACGCUUUCCGGAACUUCUCUUGUCUCACAAAGGGGGACAUAUUCACAUUCGCCUAUAACGACAACGUGUACAGCAUCGCUGUUCUGGAGACGAAACCACAACAUUCGAGCAAUGCCAUCUGCACAUUAGAAACAGAUCUGUCGGUCGACUUCGCACCACCAGUAGGAUACGAGGAACCAAAGCGUACAAGCGGCACAAGCACACCGAGGAGUGGCAAGGGUGUAAUGACAGGAAAGGGCGGAACUCUUCACUCACAUGGAACCAUGGCACAAGCGAUCAACUACUCAGCCAUCGCACCUUCAGCGACGUCGGCGGCCGCUGGCGCCAACGCAGCCUCGUCACAUUUCCAAACGACCGGUCACAAGCUGAGCUCUAAGAAGGGCAGCAAAGCGCCGACGCCUCAAGCCUCAACACCUGUUGCUGGACAAUCGACAAACGCACCUCCGCGCACCGUACGUCGGACAAAUGGCCCGCAACCAUUGAGGCUGGCACCUGGAAAGCUAUUUUUCGGUUACGAGAUCAAGCCAGUGAAGGGCAAGGAUGGUGAAAAUGAGAAGGAUGAACCUAAGCAUUUCGAAGGACAAGGGCAAUCUCUACGGAAGAAGAAAGGAGAUAAAUGA